CGGCACCGCCACCAGCGAUAAGUGAUAAUCGGUCCUCUUUGCAUGCCUGUCCAUACUAAACACCCCUAUUCAUGCUCUUCAGCCAGGAUUUCGAUCCUCUAGUAAUUCAUCAUUCAAUCUCACAUCUUUCAACCCGAUAAGUUUAAACCAUACAACAACCAAUAUGGUGAUCGGCCUCCUCGCAAUAACCGCCAUCCCCACCGUCACCGGCGUCGCGAUGGGGGUGAGCGAACAGCGCAAAGCAAACGAGAGAAAGAACGACGAAAGACGCAUGGCCAAAUUCAACAUCGAUGUUGCUCCACCACCGUAUGAGGAGCCAGAUGAUGAGGUCCAAGGGUUACGGGUGGUGUUGAGGAAUUCCAAGGUAUAUCUCGAUGAUCCUAUACCCUCCAAACGAAAAGUUCCUGCACAUACUGCCGCGGCGUUCUAUAUCGAGUACCCCGAGCCGGAUCAUUUGAAAGACCUCAAACGGGGAUACGGACUGGCGACCACCAUCUCGGAUAACCCGCCUAUGCUCGGUUGGAUUUACGCGGAUAAAGACACUCAUGAAGUCAAGUAUGGGAAUCGGACAAUGAGCUGCGAACAUGUAGUUGGGCCCUGGGACUGGGACGAGGAGGAGACCACCGUGACGCUGGAGGAGAACUGCCAGUUUGUGGCCGUGCAGGAGGAUGAUGGGGCUUGGGCGCUAUACUUUGAUCGGGAUGGGGACGAGUUGGAGGGUGUACUGGAGGAACAGGGCAAAUUGGACAACGAUUUUCAGCCGUUGCGGUUGAAACGGAACUUGAUUGAACAGCAAGUGCAAAAAAUGAAAAAUGACAAUUCAUGAUCUAUAUCC